AUGCCCGAAUACAACGACAGCAAUCGUGCCUUUCUCCAGGCGUUUAUGGCACGCUCGUCUAUGACCUUUGAAGAUGCGCAACCCAUCCUGGCUGCGAUAUUAACAGUAUCUGAGGGGCGAACAGUGGAUCCUGAUGAGGUUGGGGAAGACCGGUUUUCAGACUUUAUAUCGGCGGCUAACACCGCCGUGUCACCCUUCGACCUCGAAAUCAGAAGCUCACUGCCACAAGUCCUUGAACCAACCCAGCAAGAUGCCCCCGCCACACCACCAAAGCGAGUGUAUGCGCUUGUAAAUACUACAAGUGAUCCUUUGACACAACUCGCGACCACUUAUUCUCCCGACGAGAUCGCGUUUCUCAAGCGAUUGCUUGACUACAUGUUUGCCACAAAUAAUACCCGACUGUGUGAAGGAAUGGCAGCUACACAGAUGCAAGCUGUCCAACUCCAUAAGGUUCCGUCUAGCGAACGGCAAUCCACGAGCAACGAUUCAACACAGACCCAAACUGCAGCAGUGCAGUCAUUGCGCAUGACCCAAGCAGAGACCAUGAUAAUUCAUUUGAUUGAAGAGGGAUGGCUGCAGAAGAGCCCGAAGGGCUACCUCAGCCUUACACCACGAGCACUGAUGGAGUUGCGGGGCUGGUUGGUCUUGACGUAUAAUGAUGAGACUUUGGACGGCCGAGUCGUGGAGCGCAUUAAAUUUUGUGCUGCUUGCAAAGACAUUAUCACUGUGGGCCAGCGCUGUGAAAAUCGCGAGUGCAAAGGUCGACUUCAUGACCAUUGCAUGCGCAACUUCUUCCGCAUGCAGCAAGGAGAGAGAUGCCCCGUGUGCAAAGAGGAGUGGCCUGGCGAUAAAUUUGUGGGUGAAAGAGCGCUCACCGCGAACCCGCGAUCAAGCAACGCCGCCCCACAAAGGCAGUCUUCGUCUGCUGCGCCUAGUGCCCUUGGUGAAAUUUUCGCAGACGAGAACGAUGACGAAGAACAAGAACAAAAUUGA